CUUUUUCCUCUUCGGCCGAGUCGCAAGGCCUUUUUCUCCUCUUUCAGAAGGGCGGUGAAACGGCUCGAAAGCCCCGACGGGUAGAUUCUAAAUAGAAGAAAAGUCAGAUUUAUCCCGAUUUAACCUUUCCUCUUCUCGGGCCGAGUCGGAUAAAAUGUCGCCCCCUCCAAGGCUACGUCCGCAGUCUUUUUUCCCCGAUUUUUUCCAUUCUGCGAAAAUCCUUCUAUUUUCUACGUUAAUCUACGUAAAAGUGCUUUAUUCCUUGUAAAACUGGACUGACGCCUUUUGACGUUUCCAGUCGACCGCAACAGCGAGCUCAGAGCUGGCGACGCGACUUCAAUCGUUGCCGUUUGUCAGCUGUUUUCCACCUUCUACGAAUCUUCUUCCACUUUUUGAAACUGAACUUCUUCUAAUGAAUCUCUUCUCGUCCUCUUUUGUACAAUUCAUAUUUGCGAAUAAACGAAAGAAUUCACGGUCUAUUUUUUAGUUUUUGUAUAGGUGAAUAUAUUAUUAUUUAAAAAAAUAAAAGAAAAAAAAUAAAGGCCUUUAGUUGCGUCCGGAGUCUGCAAGUGUGUGGUUAUAAACAAAGCGGCAGUGCUCAAUGGCAUGUUUCUUCACGGAAAAUGUUCACACGAAAUCUUUCACCCCACGAGAGUUUCAAGUUGAGCUUUUGGAUUCAGCUAAAGAGAGAAAUAUUGUAGUCUGCCUUAACCCAGGCACAAAUAAGACAUUUAUCGCAUUAAAAUUACUACAGGAGCUAUCAAAUUCUAUUAGAGGAUCUAAGUUAUGCAAACGCACUUUAUAUAUUGGCAAUGAAAGAUCGGUAGAAUAUUUUGGAAAUAUUGUUCGGCAUUUAACAGAUUUAGUGACUGGAAAAUAUGUCGAUACCUCAUCGUGUUUCCAUGAAGAAGAUCAGGUUUUAACAGUAACAUACGAAGUUUGCCAAGCAUGGCUCUCAAAAGGUGUUUUGAAUUGGAAAAGCAUAAACGUUGUCAUAAUCGAAGAUUGUCAUUAUUCGUUAUGCAACCAUCCUCUGAGACAAAUUAUCAUAAAUUUAAAAGAUGUUCAAGGAAACCGCCCUAAAAUUCUUGGUCUAACAACACCUUUGUUUUCCAACUGUGAUGUUGAGCCCGGGUGUGUAGAAGCCCAAGUGAAACGGUUAGAGUUAGAUUUGAAGAGCAAAGUUGAUACUGCUAGCGAUAUUGUCUCUAUCCUAAGGUACAGUGCUCAUCCAAAAGAGUUGUUAGUAGUAUGUGAUAAUCCAUCAAAGGACGAUUUAAUGAAUUUGUUGGAAUCAGAAGUGAGAAAAGUCAGACUUUUUCUAGAUGAUCAUAGGUACGAUCCUUUUGAAAUUUACGACGAAAGCUUUAGCGAUGAGCUAAAGGACAUACCGGAUCCCAAAACUCAACCCAAUUCUAUCUUAGACGAUUUUAUAGAAAUACUUCACACAAUGGGUGCUUGGUGUGCUGACAAAGCGGCAAUGGUGCUUGCUGUUGAUAUCGAAAAACUUAAAGUUAAAACCCCGUAUGAGAGACAUUUUUUACUUCUUUGUUUAGUUUCAUCUCUACUUUUUAAAAUACGAGCAUUUUGUGAUGAAGCAUUUCAGGGGAUGACUGAAUUGGAAAAGAUUAAUAAAUUCUCAUCACCUAGGGUUUUGAGACUUGUAGAAAUAGUGAGACAAUUUAAGCCAAAGAAGCCGAUUGAUUGUAUAGGAUCUUCUGAUACAGGAAAAGAUGAGAAAAUUGUUAUUGCAGAUGAUGGGAAAUGUGAGAGUGAAACGAAAAACAAUGAGGAAAGAAAUAAAUGUGAAGAAAAAUUAGAAAACGAACCAAAGACUGAUCAUUUAGAAAAUUCUAAUUUACAGAAUGAAAAUCAUGAAAUUGAGGAAAAGGUGGACGGAUCUGUUAAGAAGAGAGCUAUUUUGGCCUGUUUUGUAUGUGGCAAAGUAAAUUGCAGUGGCAGCAAUGUUUCAAAAGAAACUGACACGUGCACUGAUGAUAACAAUGAAAUAUGUAAAAACAAUACUGAAGUGAAAUCACCAUCAGAGGUACAACUAGAAAAUAGCAUAAAUAGAUGGGAUAGGCAUGGUGAACUGUCGCAUCACAGACCGAAUAGCCGUUGGAAAGGGAGAGGUCGUAGUUAUAGGUUACGCAGGGGUGGGAUAAAUUUUUCAUCCAGGCAUUACAGGAACCAUAACACAGAUGACACGGAAAGUCUAUGCGGAAUAAUAUUUGUGCAGAAGAGAUUCACUGCAAAAAUAUUGUAUCACUUAUUCAAUGAUUUGCAUAAAAACGAUCCAGAUUUUGUAAAUAUAGUCACCCUUUACACUGUUAACAAAACGGCAGAUCCCAACUUGGAUCCGAGAGAGGCCGAAGUUGAACAUCGGAAACAGGAGGAUGUCCUUAAGAGGUUUCGGAUGAGAGAAUGUAAUUUGGUCAUUGCAACAUCCGUGCUUGAAGAAGGUAUAGAGCUUCCUAGAUGUAACUUAAUUGUUAGAUAUGAUCUUGUGACGGAAUUUAAAAGCCAUGCUCACUGUAAGGGUAGAGCUCGCCAGCAAAUAUCGUACUACAUCCUCUUGGUUGAAAAAUCACUUCUUGCAUCAUUCAUGAAGCUAUAUUCAAAAUUCAUUUGUACUGAAAAGAUUCUUCUUGGUCGUACAAUGAACCAUGAACCUUCAGAGAGUGAAGAGCAAGAAGCUGACCUUUAUAAUCACUGUGUGCCCUAUUAUCAGCCUGUAGCAGGCAAAGAAUCGGCUAAAGUUGACCUUUCUAACGCAAUCGCUUUAGUGAACAGAUAUUGUGCCAAACUGCCAAGUGAUACGUUUACACGGUUGGUACCAUUGUGGAAUACUAGGGAGGUCGUACACAAAGGUAGAUUGAUGUACUACACAACCGUCAGACUGCCAAUUAACUCCCCAAUAAAAGAAGAUAUUAUUGGGCACCCGAUGCAUUCAAAAGUUCUUGCGAGGCGAAUCGCAGCAUUAGAGACUAGCCGGGUACUUCAUUUACGGGGUGAAUUGGACGAUAAUUUAGAACCAAUUGGAAAAGAAGCCUUCAACUCUGGCAUUGGAGAAGAAGAUUUGACUCCGAGCACGUGGGAUCCUAACCUACCCCGGCCUGGUACGACCAAGAGUAGGCAGUAUUAUUAUAAAAAGAUUGCCAGCUGUUUAAAUGAUUGCCGGCCUAUUGCUGGUGUCGAGGUGAAAUUGUAUAGCAUCGACAUGGAUCUCACUUGCCCUUUGCCGGAAGAACAAAAUACGCGUGGAAGAAAACUGCACCCUCCAGAACUUGCUGUUCAAGGGUUUGGUAUUCUGACAAUGAAGACGAUCCCCAAGAUCUGCCCCUUUCCGAUAUUUACGAGGUCAGGUGAAGUGAGGGUCAAUUUAAGGCUCUGUUCUUCCAGUAUUGUCCUUAGCGAACACAAUGUCGAAACGAUAACAGCAUUCCUCAAUUUUAUAUUUACUUCUGUGCUAAGGCUGCAAAAGUAUUUGAUGAGCUUUGAUCCAGAAGCUACAGAAAAUUCGUUUUUCAUUGUACCUACUAAAAAAGUUAGGUGUGGCAUAAAUGUGGUCGAUUGGGAAUUUUUAGAAACAAUUUACAAAAGAAGGCAUGAAUCACCGCAAACAGUGCCAGAAGAAGAAAGAAAAUCAUUUACAUUUGACCCAUCGAUGUACAGAGAUGCGGUUGUCAUGCCGUGGUAUCGUAAUCAAGACCAACCACAGUACUUUUAUGUAGCGGAAAUUUGCAAUCAUUUAAACCCAAAAUCUGAAUUUCCUGGUAGCGAUUAUAGCAGUUUUGAGGAUUAUUAUAAAAAAAAAUACGGCAUACAAAUACAAAAUUCAACUCAGCCUUUGCUUGAUGUCGAUCAUACUUCAGCACGGUUAAAUUUUCUGACGCCUCGUUAUGUCAAUCGUAAAGGAGUUGCGCUUCCGACAAGCAGUGAGGAAACAAAGAGAGCCAAGAGGGAAAAUCUAGAGCAGAAACAAAUUCUAGUAGCGGAGCUUUGCCUUAUUCAUGUUGUACCUGCAUCUUUAUGGCGCCAAGCAGUCUGUUUGCCUUGUAUACUUUACAGGAUAAACGCCCUUCUCUUGGCCGAUGAAAUAAGAACCACUGUUGCAAAAGAAGUCUCUUUAGGACUCAUCGACCUGCCUGCGGGUUUCACCUGGAGUCCAUUGGAUUUCGGAUGGAGUUUAGCUGAUGUUCUGAAAAAAUCGAAAGAGCAAGCGUCAAAAAAAGAUGAAGAUGAUGAAGGCCUUGGUUCAAACACGGUUUCUCCCUCUACUACUGCAAAUCCUGAGAAUAAGCAAGAAGACAGUUUAGAGAUAAAAGAGGUGGAUAAAGAAACAACUGCACAAUCGGAUGAAGAAAGUAAACCUCAAGAUUGGAUGGAAAUUGGGACUUGGUCAAAUGAAAUGGCACAACUAGAAAAUCAACUCGAUUUGCCUCCUAAUCUUACAAUGGUCCGGUACGGGUCUCCCACCAGUUGGGAAGUUGGUGGUAACAUGACCUACGAUUAUUACUAUUCAGAUGCUGAGUCAGAUGACAGUAGUGAUGACUUUGAUAUCAGUUCAGAAAACUCAGACGACAAUUCGUCAUGUGCUUCGACUGGAUUAAAGAUCACAUUUCAAAGUGACUACAUCGCAGAAGCUGUUGAUGAUGAAGAGCACAUAAAAAGAUUGGCCCUUGUCCAUCAAGACUAUGCUGGAAGUGGUGAUGCAUGGUCUUGGGAUUGUGAUAAUUUAAUUGAAGAACUCAAGAUGGAGAUUGAAGAGGAAGUCAAAAUUUUUCAAGAACAAGCAAAUAUGAUAGAAGACAUGGAGACAGAAGAGGCACUUGUACAUAUGAACCAGCCACUUGUCAUAAACCGGGCAGCCAUAAAAGAAAACUCUGAUAAUGAAUCACGUGUCAAACAGUUAGAUUAUGAAGUCGAGAGCUACAGCAUGCCAGAAUAUAUUGCAGUAGACAAAUCAAGACAAGGGAAGGAGCCAUAUGAAAAUAAUCACACCGACGAAAAGACGACUGACCAAGAGGAGUCAGAAGAUGAAGUUGAAUUCAUAUUUAGCUUUGAUAAACAGCCAGAUCUUAAAGGGCAUCCUGGGCCAAGUCCUAGCCUCCUUCUUCAGGCUCUGACUAUGUCGAAUGCAAAUGAUGGGAUAAACUUAGAAAGAUUAGAAACAAUCGGUGACUCAUUUUUAAAAUAUGCUAUAACAACUUACCUAUAUUGCACCCACGAAAACAUCCAUGAAGGAAAACUAAGCCACCUUCGCUCAAAACAGGUCAGCAAUUUGAAAUUGUAUAGAUUAGGCCAGAAUAAAGUCUUCGGUGAAAGCAUGAUAGCAAGUAAAUUUGAACCUCAUGAUAAUUGGCUGCCACCUUGUUACUUGGUGCCUCGUGACGCUGAACAAGAAUUGGUCGAUCAGGAACCUGUUACAAGUCUUCCCUACAAUUUAGUCACGCAACAUUCCAUCCCAGACAAAAGCAUUGCUGAUUGUGUUGAGGCUUUAAUUGGAGCAUAUUUAAUAGAAUGUGGUCCCAGAGGUGCCUUGAUAUUCAUGUCCUGGCUUGGAAUUAAGGUCCUGCCUAAGGAAGAAGUGGUGGUUAAAAAUGGUAUUAUUGACCGUCCUGUUGGUAGUUAUCUCCCUGUCGAAGGAAUUCAAGUGCGUUUUGGAAUGUUGCAACCUCCCAAAUCACCUCUUUUAAGGCAUGUUGAAGACCCUGAAGGCGAACUCUUAAGACUCAUGGCUGGAUUUGAUUCACUUGAAAGGAAAUUGAAAUACUCCUUUCGGGACAAGUCUUUUCUCCUUCAGGCGAUGACCCACACAUCGUAUUCGCCGAAUCGUCUGACAGAUUGUUAUCAGAGGCUCGAAUUCCUUGGAGAUGCUGUAUUAGAUUAUUUAAUCACACGCCAUUUAUACGAGGAUAAACGAGCCCACAGCCCUGGAUCACUCACAGAUCUAAGGUCAGCUCUUGUCAAUAACACAAUAUUCGCUUCGCUGGCUGUUAAGCACGGUCUUCACAAAUACUUCAGACACCUCUCACCAGGACUUGGGGAAGUGAUUCAGCGCUUUGUCACAAUACAGGAGCAAACAAGCCAUGCUAUUAGUGAAGAGUACUAUUUGGUGGGCGGUGAUGCUGAAGAUGUUGAAGUUCCCAAAGCUCUAGGUGAUGUUUUUGAAUCAGUUGCCGGUGCUAUCUUCCUAGAUAGUGAUAUGUCAUUAGAUACAGUGUGGAAUGUUUAUUAUAGAAUGAUGAAAAAAGAAAUAGAGCAAUUCAGCACUAAAGUGCCUAAAUCACCGAUCCGUGAGCUUCUAGAACUUGAACCAGAAACAGCUAAGUUCAGUAAACCAGAGAAACUUGCUGAUGGCCGGCGUGUUCGAGUGACGGUUGAGGUGUUUGGUAAAGGAACGUUCAAAGGUAUAGGACGCAAUUAUAGAAUUGCUAAGUGCACUGCAGCCAAAUGUGCUCUUAAACAGCUCAAGAAAAAAGGCCUUCUAGCUCGGAAGUUGUGCUACUUCAACUCUUAUCCAUUCCACCAAGCCUAACUUUACCAGAAUUCUCUUUUGGUUAUAAACAUUUUAAUUGUUUUAUAACAAAAUUACGUUGAUACUUUCAGUCAGAAAUGAAAACAAGGAGAGUAUUAAUUUGAGGGAAAGGCUUAAACCUUGUUUAACAGAUUUUAACCAUUUAAAUUUUUUGUUUUAAAUGGUGGUUAUUUCCAGUUUUACACACUUUAUCACCUAUUUUGUCUUAUUUUAUCCCAACAGUACGCCUUACGUUUUAAUUAUUAUUUUUUAUUUUUUUUGUGUGUCGAUUAUGAAAAUUGAUUUACAUUUUAUGAUAAUAUUUAAUUAAUAAAAAAUUGGUAUCAAACAUUUUAAUUAAUGUCUCCUUUAGGCCAUUCACACGAUAUAAAAUUUGUAGUUCUGUCAAUUUAUGCCUAUUGACCAAUGUUGUGUCUAAUUUGAAGAAAAAGUAUUUUUUGAAAAAUUAAUUAUUAUAAUUUUAUUUACUUUAAACUUGUAAUCUAGUCAAUUCCAGUGUUUUUCAAUGCAAGCAAAGUGAAAUUAUAAUAAAGUUGGAAUUUUUUUAAGGAUUUGUAGCGCAGUAUUUAAUAUUUGCCUUCCUUAAAAAAAUUAUGAAUUAAGAUAGUUUAAAAACUUAAUGACUUAAUUUGGAAUUGUAUCUAAAGAUUUAAAGCUGCCAAAAUUUGACUAAAGUUUAAAGCACACACUCAGAAAAAAGUGUAAAUUAUCUGUACAUUAUUCACUGUGCAAGCAUUAAUAUACAUGUAAAAUUUUAGUCAAAUUAUGCAAUGACAUAUAUUUGAAAUGUGUAUUUGUUAAGACUGAAUUGUUUCAUGUAAUGAGACAAUGAAUACAGGCGUGAGAUAUUUUGUGUAUGUCAAUGGCAAUAAUGUUUAAUGUUUUGGCUGUAUGAUAUAACGUGUCACUCUCAAACACCACACACUUGCUGCUUGCAGCAAGCUUUUUAUUAAAUCUUGUAUUUUUUAUCAAAUUUGCUUACUCUAUUGUAAAACAAUAUUAAUAAAAAAAACCGUCAACCUACCUCUAGGCCAUAUUUUUGUUGAAUGAGUACAGUAAUGUAGAACAAUGAUGCAUUUAUAAACUACGUUUUAGGAAAUGAAAUGGAAUAUCAGUAACAACUUAAAAUUAUACUGUGAUACAAAAAAUAGAAAAUGAUUGAUAAAUAAUAAAAUAUAUUUCA